UUAUUUGCAGAUCAGAUGUUGUGAUGACUUCAGUUGAGGUUUAUUUCGUUUGGCUCAUUGAUGCCCUGAGGCAGGUGUUGGGUCGCUGUCCAUGGUGCUGAAAGUAAACAGGGUUGCCAGCAGCUACAGUUGCCACUAUACUGGUCACUUCUGUGGGGAUAAUGUUGCUUUUUGAACUAAAAUGUCACAGCACAUCUUGACUAACAUGCACUGUGGGAUUUCUGUGGAACACAGGCAGGAAUUCAGAUGUUAAACUUUUGACUAAAUGUGAGUCACACACAUCAUCUGCCGACUCAGUGCCUCACAAAUUGCACCCAGCAUGGAGCCGGACCUUGUGCCUUCUGGAGCGUGUUAGAAGCGCACGCGCAAACGUCACAGAGUUUAUGAAUAGUUUCUUUUUUGGAUCAAAGUCCCACGCAUGAGAGGCAAAUACAUUUAAGAGGAUUUUUUUUCUUUCUAUUCACCAUCCCAGUGUUGAGACGUUUUUGUUUUAAAGGCUCCCUCCUCCUCCAGCUGCAUCUCUGCAUUUGCAGACUAAACUGUUGUCUCACUUUGUUGCCUCUGUGUCUGAUGAGGUGCGAAUCCCGAAGGAACUGACACCAUCCUCCACUUCCACCUCCUCAUCCUCCUCCUCCUCCUCCUCCUCCUCCUCCUCGCCGAGGUGCCGCAGAAGCAGCAGCCAACGCGAGCCCUUGAUGCUGAAGUGUGGGUACACUGAGGGGAGUGCAUCCCAGUGAACACACACACACACACACACACACACACACACACACACACACGUAUUGUGGCGCCUUUUGGAUACAAGCGCUUCACAGGAGACAAUGAGAGCCUACCUGCUGACUGCAAUCUUUCUGCUGCCCUUGGUGGCCUCAGAGUCCGAGCACUGCAUCAUCAAGCGUGAACAUGAGAAAUGCAUGGAGAGUAUGGCGCUGCACAACCCCGACGACCCUGAAUUAGUCUCAGUGUGUCCGUGGAUGUGGGACAACCUGACCUGCUGGCAGGCGGCCAGUGUUGGUGAAGUUGUGGUGGUCAACUGUCAAGACCUUUUCCAUGAUUUCAUGAGUGCUGAGGAUGACAUGGGGAAGGUCAGUCGUAACUGCACCGAGGAUGGCUGGUCUGAACCUUUCCCUCACUACGCGGAAGUCUGCUCCUUCUUCUUCUAUGAAAACACCACCAAACCUGACAUGUACUACGCAUCAGUGAAGGCCCUGUACACAGUUGGCUACAGCACAUCGCUGGUGUCUCUGACAACAGCCAUGGUUAUUCUCUGCAGAUUCAGGAAGCUCCACUGCACCAGAAACUUCAUUCACAUGAAUCUGUUUGUGUCCUUCAUCCUGAGAGCCAUCUCAGUCUUCAUCAAGGACGGUGUGCUCUACGCUCGGGAAGACAGCGAGCACUGCUUCGUACACACAGUGGCAUGUAAAGCAGUGAUGGUUUUCUUCCAUUACUGUGUCAUGUCCAACUAUUUCUGGCUGUUCAUUGAGGGACUGUAUCUCUUCACUCUGCUGGUGGAGACCUUUUUUCCUGAGAGACGAUACUUCUAUUGGUACACCAUAGUGGGAUGGGGAACUCCCACCAUUUGUGUGACUGUCUGGGCAGUUCUGAGGCUCCAUUUUCACGACACUGGGUGCUGGGAUACAAAUGAGAACACUGCCCUCUGGUGGGUGAUCAAAGGACCAGUUGUGGCCUCUAUAAUGAUCAAUUUUGUCCUUUUCAUUGGAAUUAUUAUUAUCCUGGUCCAGAAGCUCCAGUCCCCUGAUAUCGGAGGGAAUGAAUCAAGCAUUUACCUCAGCUGUGCUCAGAAAUGCUUCAGUGAGCCCACACAGGCUGUUCAGCAUUCGUGCAGGAUGUCAGAGUUAUCUACCAUCACACUGCGUCUGGCGCGCUCCACCCUGCUGCUCAUCCCUCUGUUUGGCAUUCACUACACUGUGUUCGCCUUCUCACCUGAAGAUGUCAGCAAGAGGGAGAGGCUGGUCUUUGAACUGGGACUGGGAUCCUUCCAGGGCUUUGUGGUAGCUGUCCUCUACUGUUUCCUCAAUGGAGAGUUUCUCCCUGAAGGUGCAGUCGGAGAUCAAGAGGAAAUGGCGCAGCUGGACGGUGAACCGGUACUUUGCUGUGGACCUGAAGCAGCAGAGGCACCCUUCGUUGGCCAGCAGUGGAGUGAACGGCGGGACUCAGCUGUCGAUCCUCAGCAAGAGCAGUUCCCAGAUACGCAUGUCCAGCCCGCUGGCGGAGAACGCCAACAUCAGCCUCCCCACCUGAGCAUCUGAUUGGGCGGACUCAACUUCAAGGUGCCGUUCCACUAACGUACAUCCAGACCAACCAGAACAGACCAAAGUGGCUCCUCACACCUCUUAUGUUUUGUAGUUUGGCCUUUAGACAAUGAGGUAUUUCUAAAAGCAUUUACUGGAGAUUCAUUAGAGGUGCAUAGCUGGCUUUCAUACAUUAGAAUUUAACUUGGUUAAACGAUUUACAGUUGUAUUUAUUUGACUAUUUUAGUGCUGCAGCUGACUCUGUAGGCUGCAAACUUUUAUGAUUAAUGAUACACUUAAUAUUUUUACAAACAACUCAAAUUCUACUCCAUCGAUUAAAACAAAAUAAAUAUUAGGAAUUCCCUUUCUGCCAAUAUUUUAAUGUAAAAUUUACUGUUUUAUUUAUAAAUAAAAUUAAAGUAGAGUUUGUGCCAAAAGAAACACUACAAGUUGUAAAAAAAGAUGAAUAGUUAAAUAACAAAUGUAGGGGUCAUUUUUGGCUGUUGGUGUAAAGUAAAUGUGCUUCAAAGUGCCAUACAGGUUGCCUGACUGGAUCUGAUCUCAUAACAGUCCAAAGUUAAACGUCAACCAAACGUUCGCCUUGCUUGUACAAAUGCUCAUUGUUUAAAUGUUUCAUCUUGAAUUUAAACAUUUUUCUACAAUCAGCCAUAAGUACAGAGUAUGUCAAAAAAUAUAUGUUAAAAAAAACAAAACAACAACAACAACUCAUGGACUUUGUAAAUAAUUACUUUUGGUGUCUAGAUCAGAAUUUCUUUCUUUUGCAUAACGCAGUAUUGUAAUGACCUUUUCAAACGAAAGGAACUGGAGCCCAAAUCUGUAGACUUCAUCACAUAUCCUGGAGACCCAGAAGAUCCUGCCCACUCUAUUCUGAAAUAUUUGUUUGUAUUAAAUAGUUUUUAAAGAAAAAACACACAACUAAUAUAAAUAUAUAUAUAUAUAUAUAUAUAUAUAUAUAGGAACACAGUGCCAAAAUAAAUGAGUGUUGAAGAGCGGUGUCUCCAAGCCUAGGAGUCACAUGAUGACUGAACAUUUCUCUGCUCCAUGAAACUAUGUUUAUUUUAAAAGAAAAUGUAUGUUUGCUUUUUUUUUUUUUUUCUUAUAAAAUGUUCUUUAAAUUCACCUCUUCAAGCCUCUAAAAAUAUUUAGAUUAAUUUAAAUUACUGCUGUAGAGGAUGUAACAGCACAUGAGGGAAUCUAAAGAUGUAUUUUAAAAAAAGAAAGAUACACUGAGAAUGUACACUGAACUGAUUUAUGCUCACAAACAGUGUCGCUGCAGAGGUCUGCAGUAGUACUAGUGCUACAGUUGUAUCCUCCAAUUGGUUUUCCCUUUCAUACAUUUAACGGACAUGUUUUUGCAGACUGUGAACAUGAACAGUACAGGUGCCAUUUAGCGGAUGCUUUUAUCCAAAGCUCCUCAUAACGCCAUGAAUUCAUAUGUGCCGCAUUUUAUUGUAGGCAGUGAUAAUGCUCUUAAAGAUGACAGGAUUCUUUGCUCUUUUCCUCUGAGCUUCAAUCCAUCGUGCCAUAUUAAAUUGCUCUUCAUUUUAAAUUUUGACAUCAACCAUCUCCUACACUCAUAUUCCAAAGUGCCUAGUCAGUCACAAAUAGCUAUCACUUUUAUUUACAGGACAAUGAACAGAUAAGUUAGACGUGUAGUAAGAGUCAUUUCCUGCAAAGAAUGUAUAGAGCGGUGUGUUUUUAUUAUGGAUGACUUUGCAAAAUUGUGCUUUUUAUCAUUAUGUGCAACAAAAAAAAAGAAAAUAUUUUGCUUAUUUAUUGGUAAAAUUCUUCUUUGUCUCUAUUUAAAAACUUUUUUCGAUUAUGAUGUGUUUUACAGGACUCGAAAGCUCUGCAUAAUUGCAGCUUUUUUUUUUUUUUUUUUUAGCCUUUUGGGUUAAACUAAAAUCCAUUCAAUAUAACUGCAAGUCCAUCUCAAUUCAGCACUAACGUCAAACAUAAACAGCUUCAAAACAGAAACAAUACACACUGUAACAGUCAACACAAAAUGCUUUAAUGUGACAGCUCUUGACAAUCUGAGUGUUGCCCAUUUUUCUCUUUUUUGUCUUUCUGUUUUUCCACAAACAAACUAACAAACAAUAAUUGUGGGGAAAUUAUUUAAUUUAAGGCGGGGAAAUUGUUUAAUAAGAUGAAAUGUGAAAUGAUGUGUAAAGGAGGAUUUUUUUUCCACCAUAUUAACUUGAGAUAUUUAUUUUUUGUACUGUCAUCUGCAUAGUUUAAAAGAAUGUAGUAAUUUUAAACAAUGAAUUGGUGAUAUUGUUGAACAUAUAAGGAUGUAUAUUUAUUUUCCAUAAACCAGUGCCAUGUGAAAUGACUCAAUGUACAGUACACAUGCUUUUCUCUGUGUAAUAGUUGUAUGACUCGUAGUCAAAGUGCCAUAACUGUAGUGCCACAAGUGGUGACAGUGGAAGAUGUGUGGCACAAUGUCUCUUUACUGAUUUUAAAGAAAACAAAAAUACGGAAGGGAAAUUGCUGUCCAAAGCUACAGAGGAUAAGAAAAGAGAUGAAAUAUAGAUAUAAAAAGCAAGAUAAAACAUACACACAACUGAGGAAAUGCAUAAUCUUUAAGGCAUCUGCUCGGCUGCUUUUGGACAAAACAGUGAAUGAGUGUGAGACAAGAUACUGUCAAGGGAGCUAGAGCCAGAAGUGGAAAAGAUGGUUUUAUUUAAUUAAGGUGCAAGAAAAUGGAUGAACUGCGACAGAUAAAACACAAAGUGUGUGCGAGAGUGAAAUAAAAACCACUCUGCUGCUCCUCACGUGUUCUAUCACCAGCCGUCACUCUGAGUCUGAAUCAGCUCAGAUGGAAACGACCAUGUCUCAAAGCUGUUACUGUCUGUGAAAAAAAAAAAAGAACAGAGGAAAACUCCUUUCUUGACCUCGCCUGUGCUGUAUAUUUGUUUACCACAAGGUGGCAGCAAAGUGCUACAAUUUUAGUUUGGUGAUUUAAUAGAGAGGGGAAGUUUUGACCGGCACUGAUUUGCUGUUUGAGUUUUAGAUUUUGGAUGAAACAGGUGUAAGGUGGGGCCUUAAGGCACCUGUAUGCCACAUGGUUAACAUGGUUCUAAUUUUUGUGAUUUGUCUUCACACAAAUCAGCAAACAAGCCUACAAGUAAAUUUUAUUCUGGAUAAGGCCCAGUGUGCAACAUUGGAACAGUUAAGAUUUAGUGAUUUGUCAUAGCGCUCCCGUCUCAAAUGCCCAAAUUUCCAUUAUGUGUGUGUUUUUUUUGUUUUUGUGUUUGUUUUUUAAACAAAACGUGAACUAACUCAGUUUUACGACAACUAUUGUGGGAUGGGAGUAAAUUUGAAGAAUAGCGCUACAACAAAAUCAUGCAGUGUAAGUUUUAGCUUCAUUUUGCCUAAAACUAGGUGCACCUCUCUUCACAAACACCUUUUCUUACAGUUAGUUUAGCAUCAUGCUUUAAAUAUGUGUCAAAGAAAAGCCCUUGACAUAUUUUCUCAAAACAAUAGUUUGUCAUAUUUGGAAAUAUUCCAUUUUUUCUGAGAGCUAGAUGAGAAGAUUGAUAUUAUUGUCAUGUCUGUAUGCUAAAUAUGCAGCUUCUGCAGCAGCUAGCUUAGCAGAGGGAAACAGCUGAACUGGUUUCUUAAUACCAUCUAAGGCCUUUUUGCCCUGCAGAUGCCCUGUUGAUACUAGCUAGCUGUUCCUCCUUUACUGAUAAAUAAAACAGCUAGCUGGUAGUUAUUAGCUACACGCUGUUUACUCCAUGUUCAGUCUCUGUGGUAUCAAUCUUAUCAUCUAAAUCUCAGCAAAAAAAAGCAAAGAAGCAUAUUUCCCAAACUAUUGAACUUUUGUUUUAAAUGUAACUAUUCUCUGUGGGGUAUAUCUCAGUGUUUAGAUGCCUUUUCUUUGGCAGAUGUGCCUGUUGAGCCAGUUUUAUCAAGUGUUGAGUGUGUGUGCAAGUUGUUUUGAUUGCCAAUAAAUUUUUUGAAUGUACCAUUGUUGCUCAGCUGCUCUUAAAUGUCGCCUGCUAUGAAUUUGCCAUGUGUACAAAUGAUGUCUUUUCUUGAUCAUAUAUACAGUACACUGUAUAUGUAUAUUUUUGGCACACAGGUGGACCUCUUGAUGAAGACCUGUAAAUGUUUGUGACCGUGUUUUUGUACAUUUAUGUUUAUGUACCAGUUUUCAGAGCGUGUGUGUGUGUGUGUGUGAGUCUGUUUGAUGGUUGGAGAGAUUGUAUUCUGUGCGCAUGUGUAUGUAAUGACAAGCAUUCAUGAUUUAAAAGUAACUUAAAUGUGAAAAAAUAUAAACUUUCAUCCAACUUUGUUCUACCUGUGGCAGUGUGUCAUGUGUAACAUGCGUUCUGGUGUCCGACAUUCAUGUCCCAGUUUGUGUAUAUUUGACUGCAAAAUAAAUCUAUCUAUGGUAAGUUGUA